AUGUUCUUACACUACCUCAGAUUUGGGAGAAUGGCUGAUAGGAAUCUUUUGUAUUUUUUAAUUUUCAUCAAGCUAAUAGUUUGUUGGCUUGUAAAAACUUUCUACGUUCCUGAUGAAUACUGGCAGUCUUUGGAAGUGGCUCAUCGUCAAGCCUUUGGAUAUGGUUAUCUUACUUGGGAAUGGAACUACAAGAUCCGCAGCUAUGUUUAUCCAUUUGUCAUCUCAAUUAUAUACAAGAUACUUGCCAUUUUCAGGUUAGACUCUCCAGAGAUGAUUAUUUUCUUGCCAAGAUUAUUUCAAGCAAUGUUGAGUGGAUUUGCUGAAUACCGAUUCUCUAAAUGGACCCAAAACGAUUUGACAACGGUCUUCUUACUCAUGAAUCCAUUCUGGAAUUAUUGUGCUACGAGGACACUUAUCAACACCCUGGAGACUUCAUUAACAAUGAUAGCUUUAUCAAUAUUCCCGUGGAAUGAAAAAGACAAGCAUAGAUCUAAUUUUAUCUGGCUAGUGGGUUUUAUGUUUUUCAUUAGACCAACUGCAGCAAUCAUGUGGGCUCCUUUAUGCUUGUAUCACGUUUACAUAUUUAAAAAAAGCAUUAACCAGCUAAUAAAAGACUAUUUUUUCAUUGGGCUGUGCGUUUCUGGAAUCGCAAUCGCUAUUGACAGCUACUGCUAUGGACAACUUGUGGUAACACCAUGGGAAUUUUUUAAGGUCAAUGUUUUAACCAACGUCGCUAAUCAUUAUGGAAAACAACCUCUUCUUUGGUAUUUAUACAGCGCAUUACCAGUUUUUUUGCUUAUAAAGCCACUGAUAAGUCUUGCUAUAAUCGUAUGGACAAUUACAAUCUAUUCAGUGUUACCUCAUAAAGAGCAUCGUUUUAUUCUCCCACUGUUACCAUUACUCGUCUACCUAAUCACCAACUACAACUAUCAAACGCAUGUUUCUGAAAAAUUAAAAAAUAUAAUUGUUUUUAUAUUACUUUUUAUAAAUUUUGGUUUACUUUGUUAUAUCGGUAUUGUACAUCAGCAAGGAUCAACAAAGAUUAUGCAUUAUUUAAGAUAUGAAAUUGAUAACAGCCAAUCUGAUGUUGACGUCAUGUUUUUAACACCUUGUCACUCAACACCAUUCUAUAGCUAUGUUCAUCAAAACAUUUCAAUUGAAUUUUUAACCUGCGAACCGAAUCUGCAAAAUCAAGAUAAUUACCUAGAUGAAGCUGAUAUAUUUUUCAACGAUCCUAUGGCCUGGUUGGAAAAACGUUAUACUAAUUCUACACUUCCAUUAUUGGUGGUAAUCUACGAUAAUUUAGCUCCUCGUAUAAAGGGUUUUAUAGAUAAUUAUCGUCUUGUUUUGAGUGAUUAUACGUUUAGGGAAAAAAGGGACAAAAGAAAUGUUGUCAACGCCGUAUUGCUUUCAAAUAUUUUCGCAGUGAUAUCAUCGACCUUGUAA